AUGUACAGAGUCCUGAAGGAGCCAAGAAUGUCGGUUCGUGCCCCUGUCAUUGACACCAUUUUCUUCAUGGGUGACAGCAACAGCGAGGGAAGCAUGACGUUUCAGGAUUUCCUGGUGACAAUGUGCUCCUUCUGUGCGCUUUCCAAGGAGGAGAUGCUCCAGUUCCUGUUCAUGAUCAUUGACAUUGACCGAAACGGUACCAUCGAAAAAGAAGAGCUCUUGAAUUUCUUCUCUUACAUACCGGCUGGUUCGGAUGAGGGUCGUGGCGAGCCCGUCUUCCCAGUGAACAACAAGAAUGCGCUGGACAAGUUCCGAGGCGGCAAGUGGAGAAGUCUCCAGUUUGAUGGUCUUGCUCAGCUCUGUGAGCUCUUCCCGUACAUUGCAUACCCUGCCUAUCAUACGCAGGACAUGUAUCGGAAGAUCUUGCUUGGCAAGACCUUCUGGGAGCGCCUAGACUACGAGCGGAUCAAGUACCAGACCGUGGUCAGGACGAAGCGGGUCCGGAUGCCCUUCACCAAGAAGAAGAUCGAG